AUGGACAUUCUCCGUAACGACGGCUUCGGCCUAGGCACCCAGGAAGCUGUCGGCUUGCAGCAAGCACUCUUCAGUGCAUUCAACAACACCAAUCAUGCGAGUCGUGCCCCAGAGCGUGAUAUUUACGAUUUGCCUUCGUCACCGGUGUCAACCCAGCCUGAGCCAUCUUCAUCACCCGUCCGCAGUCCACCAGAGUACCGGGUCAUUGACUUGGUGUCUGAGGGCUCGACAUCUCAAGCUGCUUAUCCGAGCGACGGCACACCGUCUUCUCAGCAGAGUGGCCAUGAAGAAGAAGAGGAGGAGGAUGAAACUCAAGUUGCGGAUAUGGCCAUGAAUAACGCUGUCGCUGGUUUCGAUGCUUCUGCGAGUACUGGAAUUGACUUGAAAGAGUUUACUCUGUUCCGAAAGUUGCCCGCGGAGAUUCGCGUAAUGAUAUGGAAAGCAGCCAUACAGCCACGUCUUGUUGUUAUCCGAGAUACGAAGGCCUGUCGGGAUCACCGUGAGGGCAAGAAGACCGAAGGACGAGCUUGGGAUUAUAUUUUCAGCACGACGCCCAUCCCGGGACCAUUGUUUGCCUGCAAGGAGGCUCGGGAGACUAUGAUAUCAUGGGGCUAUAAGCUGAGUUUUAGCAGGGCAUACGAUCGAUUAUCGCAAGCCCGCGUGUGGUAUAAGAACGAUGUUGACAUUCUUUACCUGGCACCGCUGGAGCCAGGAGCACAAAACUCUUCUAAUUACGCUCCGAUGUGGCGACGUCCGAUAGACCGCAUGAAAAGAAUGGCUAUUGCUUUCAACAAUACAUUAAGCGGUUGGGACUCGGUGGAAAUCUUUACUAUCGUAGUCUAUUACUGGUGCCUCGGAUCACCAAUAAACCUGCUCAUUGUCGAAGACCAUUGCGGACACUGUCCCUUGACAAGUGGCCAUCAAACAAGACAAUCAUCAAGUGAUCCGUGGACUUGGUUGCAGCUUGAAGAAGGAUUGACUGAAGAGAAGAAGUUUCCAAGGAGCUCCCAUCUUGACAUGAAAUUUGGGCCAUUGAUCAAGGCAGCCAGUCUAUCAGAUAAUGCUUUCGAACCCAAAAGAUUGUUUCAGGACUUGACCGACGAGAUUCGAAAAGCUUUUGAUGAAAAAAACAACAAGAUUCAAUCUAACUAUGGGACCCCAUUGAACACCCCUUCCUCCAUCUCACGUGUCAUGGUUAUGAAAUCCUCUCAGGCCCAAGCACUGAUUAGGGCCAGAAUGGUUCAUUCCAUUGCAAUCGAAGAUCUUGAGAAUGAUAAGCAGGAGCUGGUGAAAAGCCAGCGCAAAUUUUCGGAGGUACAGAAGGAAGUUGAAGCUACAAAGAAGAGAAUUGAGGCGAGAGAAGCCAGCAUCAAAAUGACACAAAAGUCGGUCGAGGACGCUGUGCAUGCAUUGCAUAGUAUUGCUUGA